UUGGUCCGUUUUUUCUUUGGCAGCUCAGUGUGUUUCUCUCAAAAAAUUAGCUUUCGAACCAGACGCUUGAGGAGAAGGAUUGGGCUUCCGCCAUUGAAGAGGUGCAAGUUUUGGGUCUCUCCUAUUCAAAGAGAAUAUCAGUAAAAACAAGGAAAUUUAGGGCCUUGGACCUCUCAUUCCAUGGAAGAAGAAUAUCGUGAAGAUAAGGCGGAGCAUCACACUAGGAACUAUGUUAUCCCCUCCUCCUCCACAACGAGCGUACACGUCACUGCGCUGGAUGGACUUGUGAAUGUCAACUCCCUGUUCACCAUUGCUGUCUUUGUCGGCCUCUCCAUCACUGCACCUGGGCAGCGUAGCCUGCAGGGCUCUGGCAAGUGCGAUGCUGGCCCCGAAGUUGCACGCCGUGUCGUUGUUUUUGAGGUCGUUGCCUUCGCGGCAUUCCUUUUCUCUAGUCUCGUGGCCCAAGGGCUAAAGCUGGCAAUCAACUUGAUCAAUAGUAAUGAAGCAGAUGAGAUUUUUAGGGCUAGAAUCAAUGGUCGGUUGCUGAGGAUAGGGAUGCUUGGCUCGGCGGCUGGGUCGGUGCUUGGAUGUGUUUUCUUGGUGCUAUCGAUUGUGAAUGUGGUGCAGAUCAGACUCGGGACGCUUACAUGUGGUAGCCACCCUGCAGCUCAGGCAGUGUGGACACUCGUGGUGCUCGUAUCAACUGCCCUAGUGGUGUACAUUUCUACAGUCCUCUAUGCCUUUACGCACUAGGACGAUCUCUGUGCGUUCAUUGUGCGAUUAUCGCUGAAACCAUGCAUCUUUUGCCUUUCCACGAAAUGGUCAGUUAUGUUCCGUCUGGUGCAUGUCCUUCAAACUAUGCAUUUUUUUGCCUUCCCUUAAUAAGGGUUAUUUAUCUUGUUCUUGUGUAUGUUUUUGGCUCCCUCUUGUAAUUUCUCCUCUCCUCUCAUUUAUCUAUCACAUAGUUCUGCUUUCUUUUGCAUAAUUAGAUCCCCUAUUUGAAUAUGA